UCACGCGGGUCCUCUAUCCUCGUCAAAUUAGAAUUUGGAGAUGUCGGUUUUUGUGGAGGGAGAAACACCGGAAAAAAACAGGAGUAAAACCCUCGGAACAAGGCGAGAACCAACAACAAGCUCAGCCCACAUAUGGCACCUGGCCGAGUCGACCCCGGGGGCCACAUUGGUGGGAGGCGAGUAGCUUACGUGAAGCCGUACCCACCCCCGAGGAAAAACGGUGCGUGGGUACGGUUAGGCUAGAGGCGAACGCUCUAACCAUUGCGCCAUCCUCGCUCCCCAGUCUCUCGUACGAUAGUCUGGAUUCACUGAUUCAUUCCGACCAUCGGUGCCAGAGCUUCCCUCCAGCUGAGACUGUGUAUCCACAGUUCUCUCCAUUUAAGUUGCUGUUUUGGAGAGUGCAGCUACGAAAUGUAGUACUUACAGCGGGGCUGCAGAGCCGCCCGACUUCUUUUGUUUGAUUAAAGUUUCUGUGUGGGGCGAUACAACGUUCCCUAUUCCCAAUUCCCAAUUCCCAAAAAGGAGUUACACUCAAGCAGGCACAUGCAUCGUGCCUCUUAAAUGUUACCAUGGUUACGGUAUUGUACGGUUCGGUCUACCGUUCCUGCUCCUGCCGAUUCUGAUUGGUCAGCGGUUCUUAAAUGACUGCUGGCCAAUGAGCAUUCUCGUCCCCAGUGGCCGCGCUCCUUUUGGUCAGCAUCAAGAAUCGUGAUCUCUGGCCGGACUCGAUUUUCUGGGCAUGCGCAGAGUAUUCGUUUCGUAUUCUCAGCCAUAUUUGUCGGAUUUGACGGGAAGUCAAUGAAAAGAGGACUUCCGGUGUUGGACCCGCCCAGAAGUCGCGAUUCUUGAUGCUAACCAACACGAGCACGGCCUCUGGAGACGAUAAUGGCCAACGAGGGUUUGUAUCUUGAUCUCUGGGCCCUAUGCGCAUGAAACCCUGAAUGGCGCUUUCCUUUUCGAAGUCACGGCAAAUGUAUGGCUGGAUUGGUAUUCGCCCACUUGACAGUGAAGGAGAGCUACACAAUAGCAUAUAAAUAGAAUCUGAUAUAGAGCACAACCGCAUCACUUGUGCAGACUUGAAUUAUUUUUCUUUUGAGGUCAGGAACAUUCUAACUUUGAAAAUACGAGGUAGCCGUUAGCCGCAAAGGAAAAAUACACCACGCGAACUUCAGAAUAAUGUGUAACAACACCAAGCUCGCUUGCUCUAUAAGAGAAGAAAACGCUUGGCGGUUCCCUAUGUCAACAGGGCUGCUUGGCUUUGUCUUGGGGAUGUCAUGUUUUGGUGUAGCAAUGAAACUGUUGGAAUAUGAGAACAGCCCGAGCCUGCCUCCAAAGCUGGUUGGAAUUCCUAUGUUAGGUGCAGGGAUAGCGGGAAUGGUCGGGGGAAGGAUGAGAAAACACUGGCUGGUUUCCCUGCACACUAUCUUUUGCUUAAUAGCAGGCGUGCUGAGUCUUCACCUCGUGUUCUUAUUUCUCGGACGAGAGUCCGAUUCCAGAGAGAUAUACAAAGCAAAGUGUCAAUCAAACUUCAAGGGCUCAUCUUACUGUCACAGGUAUGCGGCAACUAUUGCAAUGUCAGCGCUGUCUGUCCUGGCCACCACACUGGCUCCGUUGGGAAUUCUAUCUCAUGUCGUUACUAGACGCGUACCAGGAUAUAACGAGAACGAGGUACAGGAGGCAAACAAUCCAACUUUAGAAAGUCGUCGUGAUCCAGAAUCGGCGCCAGAGAGAACAGACGAGCGGAAUCCACCGCGGCAACUUCAACAAGAUAUCGAUCGCGCUCCAACGAAUCACACACGUAGAGAUCAACCUAAGCAAAACCAACGGCAUCUUAACUAUUACAACUAUCAUGGAAAUUCGCAACUUCCCGCCAGUCAUCAUCAUAGGCAAGCUUUCAAUAUCCACCACCAUCGCGAUCCAAACAGGUACAUCAGACAACUGUAUCAACAACGAAACUUGCCUCUAAUUAUAGCAGCACACAACUGCUCGUUGGAACAGAGUCAUAUACCACCUGCUCAGAGAUUACAGCGGGGCUUAUCAAAUACAACAGAUAGCUCGUUUGCAUAAAAGACGGUGCGAGUUCCGAACCGCACCUGGAAAAGAGGAGAAGUCUGAAAUUUUAAAGGAUUAUGUACAUAAUAACCGUAGUUACAGUUCGGUGUUGACUAAUUUUUAGCGUGUAGAAAAGACUUGGCAGCAAAAUUACCCAACAAAUUUGCCAAAACUGGGGAUUUGUUCACACUUGCUUAACAGAGCUUAAAUGUUAAUAAACAUAUUAAGAUUAAAUCC